AUGGCCGAGGCAAUCGGAGUCGUAGCAAGCGCUUUCACUGUGGCGGAAGCCGCCAUGGGGGUUGUCAGUGUUGUACACACCCUGAGGAAGGUUUGGGACGAGAUACAGAAUGUUCCGGAGAGUAUCGAGCAUCUCAUGAAACAGGUCGAGCUCUUGGAUCCCCUGAUCGUGGAGAUGGAACACGACACCAAGACACGCUAUGGCUCUGCCAGCUCGGAUUUGAAGCAAAGCCACGUGAUGCAAAAGAGUCUAGAGUACUGCCAGCAAUCUACGAUGGACCUCAAGAGCCUCGUCAACGAUAUGCAAUCGCAGGUCAGCGCCCAGAGGAAAGUCUCACGCGCUGUGGCCAAGGUGAAAGUGAUUAUGAAGAAGCAGACUCUCCUCGCAUACGAGAAGCGACUACACAAUUCUGUGACGAUGCUAAUGUUUGCGCAACAGGUUUACCUCAUGGAAUUGAUCAAAGCCCAACCUUCUAUUCUUGCUGAGAAGUUAGGCUCAAGAGGCCAGCUAUUUGGCUUUUACAAAGAGGACGGCGCAUUUCUGAAUCAGGAGACUUUGCAGCCUCGCCGGAUGGAGAAGGCUUGUACUCAAUUGGAUUUGGGGGAUGAGUACGGCUCUCGGCCAUCAGGUCUGCGUCCUAGAUCACACAAGUGUAAGAUGAGAGUAGGCCCGGUAUCUUCAUCCGUAACGACAGUCUUUGGAUUCGUAACCAUGGAAUGGAAGAGGACACAGCUGGGUUUGGCUCGACAGUAUAGUACAGACUAUCGAGUUUUAAUUCAUCUGCCAGCCAUUUUGCUAAGGAGGGCGAUCGAAUUAAGGAUAACCAUGGCAACCGCAGGAUGGACAACCAGCCUCCGAGCUUGGCGCGUAGUAAUCGAAGAUGACUCGGCCGCUUUCAGAGCUGUCAAGAACCACGACUCUCAGUCGUUGAGACAGUGUCUCGAAAGAGGACCCUCUACUCUUUUUGACAGGAAUGAGUCCGGGGAGAACUUGCUUCAUGUUGCAUUGAGUGUCCAAAGCUUUGAUUGCGCACGAAUAUUGGCAAACGCUGGGAUUGACUUUUUCGAGACUGAUGACCAUGGUCUCACAGCCCUUGAUAUCUUCAGUCUGAAGGCUUCACGGCACACAGAGUCGAGUCGAGGUAUUCCGAGUGGCAUGGAGUACUCCAACUUUCAUGCCCUUCUUACGUUUAAUGACGUCUUCGACGACCUCGAAAAUACCCGCCUCGGAGUCGUAUUUCUCCCGGUGUACCUCAACACCAUGGUAAUCCGAGAUAUCCAGGAAGCAGUGGACUUCGUCAAGCGACAGCGUUUCCCAUCUUGUUCGCAAAUGGUUGGUAAUGCACCCCUAGAAUAUGUCUUCGAUAUGUGGGUGAGUAUUCCACUCGAGUCUGUUACGAUCAUGAUGGACGACCUGUCACUACGGACGAGCCUUGUCGAGUCUGGGGAUUCGGCUCUUAUCUACAUUGCUCUUUGCCUUGGCAAUCGUAGAUGGCCGAUGGAAGAGAAGGAACUACGAGGGUGGAAAGAUAUCCUGCGGUUGCUAUUUGAACCUAGGACUUUGCAUUCGACUGCACAUGAAGGGAUGUCGACCAAACUGUGGAAUGAGCAGGCUGGCCCGCUGGGCACUCCAUUCUUGGUUUUGAUUUGGGCCGCUCUACAUUGGUCGAUCAGUCGCAAAGCUUAUGCGACAUUUCGUGACCUUUGGCUUUACCAUCUCCAGCCUGCUGUCCGCAGUUGGCUGUUCAUUAUCAGCGAAUGUGGAUUUGAUCUCCACGAGUAUGGCAAGGUAGAACAAGAGUUCCUACAGCACGAGAGCGCCACUUUGAACGGGUCGUACUUAUUCGACCUGUCGCGAAUAAGCAAGAAACUGUCACUCAAAGUCAGGCUGGUGAACAUCCGCUACAGCUCAAAAAUAGAAGAGUGGGACUUGGAAUGGGCCGAAGAGGCCGAGAGACCACCGAGUGAUGCCAGGGCAGAGAGUCGACUUUCAGCCAGAGUUCCGGGGCAGUGGGUGAGUGAAGACUGA